AUGAAGCGAGAAUUGGGAGAGUGGGCGACACCCGAGCUGGGAAUAUGGAAAUUAUCCAGGCAUCAGCCUUCGUCGUCACGGCGGCGUACUGACGCGAUCGUUCCAUAUAUCGUGGGGUUCGACGCGGCCGGUUUGCGCAUGGUGCGCUAUAUGGGCACGUCAGGCAUAGAUGAUCUGUUCGCCCGUAUGAUUCCGCUCCGCACGGCUCUUUGUGCGCCAGCUGUGUGGCCACCAGGCUCCAGUCGGGGGCGAGUGUGA